AUGGCCUCGCUCUCAGCGGUCUUCAUCUCGUCGGCAACACCGCCGUCUGAGCGCGUCGAGAUUGCCGCGCUCGCAAAGUGCGCCAUCGCCGCACUGGUAAGCUUCAAUUACUGGCUCAUCUCCAAGCUCGCACCGCCCGCACGGCUCACAUAUAUGGAGACGAUCCUCUUCCACUUCCCGCAGAGCAAAUUGGCGGAGGGAGCAGCAGGCAACACGGCCACUGCGUGCCCGAGCAUGUGUGGCAGCAUCAGUCGCCUGUUCUGGUCCAACUUAUGCCUCCCGUUCGCAGACGUCACCGCCUUUGUAGACGUUGUCGUCGGCGGGCUGCUCUUUGCCUUUGCGGGAUACCACCUUCGGUUAGUGAUGCGAAACGCCACGACCCUCGAGCCCGAUUGCACGCGCUUCGACGUCGGCGCGGUCGACAACUUGGAGCAGGUGUUUGGCAAGAGCAGGUUGCUGUGGUGGCUACCUGUGGGGGGGGAGCCGACCGUGGACGGAAUCAGCUGGCCAACGAAGUAG